AUGAACGAUGCCAAGUCCUUGCACCAGACUUGCUCGUCUCGCGGCAGUCUUUCACGGUGGCAGGACGGCGAUGCCAAGGUUGACGAGGUCCCACCGGUGGCGUUUGUGAAGACAAGGCAAGGGACGUCAAAACUACUUAAGAGCCAAUCAUCGUCCACCGUAAACUAUGACAGCAUGCGGCAUCCAAAGUACGUGACAGCUGGGGUCGUAAAACGAGGACACAUAAAGCAACCAAGAGCAUGUUGGGCUGAGGGCCACAAGGGCACGAAAGAGGAGACCUAG